AUGACUAAUUAUUCCUCUAUUUUUCAACCUUUCGUUGGUUUAUUCACUCAAUCGCAAGUGCAAUCAAUGCUUUUUGCAUGGCUCCCAACAAAAUUAGGAUCAUACCUGCCUGGAAUAAUGGCUGUCGAUAUGUUUUUGACAAACGUUUUAGCUACAGGAAUCAGCGCUUUGAUCCUUGCAUUAUUCGCGGUAACUUAUUCUAUCUUUAAAGAAGGUUCAUGGAGAACGGGAAAAAUUGUUACAGCUCAGGUUGAAUAUUAUAUCGCAGGAACCUAUGGUUUUCCAUACCCAAAUCCAAUUUACGAAGCUCUGUCUUGGAUGACCUCUCAACAAACAAAAUCGUUAAAUACCGGUUCAUUUAUCAUACAACCUACAAAUUCUAUGACCUAUAAUUAUAUUGAUGAUUGCGCUCCUCCUGACUUUAACGUUCUUCCAGAUAAAGAUCAACAAAUUACCGUCGAGUUUAAAGGAAAAAGGUUCAAAGAUUCGAGUACAAAUGUUGAUGCCAUAACGGAAUUCUUAAACCAAGUUACGCGAGCUCAUAAGGAACAUCAGAAAAAGAUGCAAGUACGUUCUAGGUAUGAACGAACUGAAACGUAUUGGGCUCCCGUGCAAAUUUUAUCUUCAAAUAGAGGUUUGGAUACCGUUGCAUUAGAUGAACCGCAUGAAUUAUUACUAAGAAAAGAAUUAGAAACGUUCGUACACGAUAAAAGUUUCUACGAAAGAAUUGGUAUGCCUUAUCGACGUGGUAUCCUAUUAUAUGGAAAACCAGGAACGGGAAAAACCAGCUUGAUAAAUGCUAUCUCUUCACAAUUAUCUCGUGAUAUUUAUUACUUAAAUCUCAAAAACUUUAAAAGUGAUAAUGAAUUAAAUUCCGCAAUUUGCGAGAUUCCCGGCAAUAAAAUCAUUGUGCUUGAAGAUGUUGACACACAAUCAAAAGUUAUUCAUAAACGAACUGGAAAACGGUUCCCAUCCAAAAGAACCAUUAUAUCUUCCGAUAAAAAAGAAAAUAAGGGUGAAGGCGUGGGUCCAAAAUUGGAUAAUAGUUCAAAAUUUAGUUUAUCAACUUUCUUGGGAUUUUUGGAUGGUCAUACCUUGUCCGAAGGGAAUAUUAUCAUCAUGACGACAAAUCACUUGGAACAUCUUGAUCCUGCUUGUAUUCGUCCUGGUCGUAUGGACGUGCAACUUGACCUUGGUUAUUGUACUCAUUAUCAAAUCAAAAAGAUGUAUAAAAGUGUGGUCGAAAGUCCCAAAGCUGAAUUCCCUCAAGAUAUUCUUGAAAAAAUUCCGGAACGUUUGUUGCCACCUUGUGAAGUUAUGAUGACUAUGGUUUUAUAUCGUAAUGAAAUUGAUCUCAUUCCACAAAAGGUUCAUGAGUUGGUCGCAAAAUACAUUAACACGAAACCUGACGAUGUUUCCGAUGAUAGUGGAAGUUCUGAAAUAUAUUCCGAUGAUAGUGGAAGUACUGAAGAUGAUAGUGAAAGUACUGAUGUAUGA